CCCAUUCAGCAAAUUGACUCCCCAAUCAAAAUGGGCAUAAAUAAACUAAAUACAUUUUAGUAUUCACGAAACUUCAUUUUAAGCGUAUAAAUGAAGUUGGUUUUUUUAGUUGGAAAUGCCCCGCGUAUCCUCCGGAUUUCGUAACCAUCUUCCUUAAAUCUUGUUCUGAAUUUCGAUGCUGAUAGCUGCUGAAACGUUUAACAUCCGUUCGUAUAAUGACUAAUGCGUUAAUUGUUUAGUGGCAAUCUUUUAACUCCAUAUUUGUGGCGUAAUCAUUUUUGCUACAUUUAAAAUGAGGUUUGAUUUCGACAAGAGGAAAACUUCAUAUCAUAGAUAAAACAUCACAAUUUGAUUUUGAUCUACUAAAAUUCAGAACAAGAUUGUUAUUCUCAAAAUGGAGCUAUAUUUUUAUAUUAUUGCAUUUACACAAGUGAUGAGAUCUUACGGAAAUCCACUUCUUACUAUUUCCAAUUCUUCAAUGAAACAAACUCAGCCAAUUUUCAGUAACGAAAAUACUGCCACAUCUAGUUUAGAUUCCAAGUAUGCACAUCCUUUUUCAGCCAAUUUAGAUUCCGAUCACACAAAUUCUUCUGUAUCCGAUUCAGAUUCAAAUGAGGCAAUUAUUUCUACAUCUAAUUUAGUUUCCAAUUCCGCAAAUACUUCGACAUCUGAUACAUCUGCCAAGUAUAUUGCAACUGCAUCUAAUCUAGAUUUCCAAAAGCAUUGUGCUAGAGUGAUUCUGGACAUUAAAAACGUCGAAUUCUUGGCAAACGGCAACAUGUUCAUUCCUUCUUACAAUACUACUAUCCAUCCUUCCAAAAUGCAUAUCAUUCAAAAUGAUAGAAGGAUAUGUUUUUAUCCCACUGAACAAUUGAAGAAGGAACUUUUUAAACAUUGUGGAACAUUCGAAUACAAUGCUGAUGAGUUUAAACAUCUUCUGAAUGGUUCUGUCAUUCUUUAUGGAGUUUUACUCGAAGAUGAAGUAUACGAGGUCAACAAAGCGGGAAAACUAGUUCUGUGUUCCAUGGAUUAUGAUGAUAUAGAUGAAGACGAGUUCAACAAACUUUUACCUAAACCUAUGGAUGAUACCAACAAAGCUGCUUUGUACAUAGGCAAUAUCGGAAGUGCUAUUUCGAUACUUGCGUUGCUGAUACAUAUUGUAACUUUUUGCCUGGUGCCAUCUUUAAGAAACUUACCUGGAUAUAAUCUGGCAUCUCUAGGUGUUGCUUUCUUAAUGGCAUAUUCUUUUUCCUUAAUAGUACAAAUACCACAAGUAUUUGGAAAGUCUUGCGUCUUGGCUGGAAUAUUGAAGCAAUAUUUCUUUCUUGUAGCCUUCUUUUGGAUGAAUGUCAUGGCUUUUGAUGUGUGGAAGACACUAAGAAUGGCAACAGAGAGAUUGAUGGUGAGUAAUAAAAGUGCACGACUUCGCCAAUUUCUUUGGUAUUCCUCUUACGCCUGGUUGGUGCCAUUGUGCAUCGUCUCAGUAUGUGUUGGCUUGGACAACUCUAAAAAUGUAUCAGAAAAGAUCAAGCCUCUAUAUGGAAAGAACGGUUUUUGCUGGUUGACGAACGAUGUUGCCAAAGGAAUCUUUUUUUCACUUCCCGCAUUUGUUCUAUUUUUGAGCAAUGCUGUUUUCUUUGUUUUGAGUGCUUUUAUACUAAAAAAUAAUACAAUGAAACAAACUGUGGAAAGCGACCAACGCCAAACGGCACAACUGAACCUUGUAUUGCAUAUACGAUUGGCUGUAAUGAUGGGUAUUACAUGGCUCAUUGGCGCUAUUGGCAUUAUUUUUUCAUAUAGUGAAGCUGAAUGGCUGCGAGUAGCAAAGCUGGACACCGUUGUAUGGUUUCUGUUCGAUAUACUCAAUUCAUUGCAAGGUCUUUUUGUAUUUUUGCUUUUCACGUGCUCCAGAAAAGUGUUCAAGCAUAUUCAAGACCGAAUGAGCAUGAGCACUCUGAAGACUAAAAUUGAGAAAUACAUGUUUGGUGAAUGCUUGAGAAAUGGUUUUUGAUGUUCAUUUUAAAUAUUGAAACUAAUUCUUACUUCAUAAUAUGCAUAUUUAUAUCUUAUUGAAAUCCUACAAUGAGUUGUAUAUUUGAAUUGUAAAUAUUUUGGAAAUUGGUUGUAUAUUAUAUUAAGGAUUAUGUAAAUAAAUAUUAAUCGAAA